AUGGCUUCACGUCGCCCUGUCAUGGCUUCACGUCGCCCUGCUCCCGCCACCCACCACCAGGUGCUGGCCUGCAUGGUUCUCGUGCGCCAGCUGUGCGUUGCCAUCUCUGCCAAGCCGUCAGUCAUCCCUUUCAGUCACAAGGUGAGCCCACUCGUUUCCCAUGCAUGCCCCUUGCAAGGCAGCCAUUUGACCCUGUUCCUCCCCUUUCAUCCCCUUCCUUCCCUUUCCAUGACCAAUCAUGUGCUACCAGCGCCCUCCAUCAAGCAUUUCUCCGUCCGUCCUCCUGCCUCCCCCCUGCAGGACCCGCCAGUGCUGCUCGCUGAUCGCACGGCCCUCUGCUGUGCUCUGCUGCACGCGCUGGUGGGGGAGGAUGCGCACGCAGGGGUCCCAGUUGGGGAUAACGGGGAGGAUGAGGGGGAGGGGUGUGGGGGAAGGCCAGUGGGGGAUAACGGGGAGAGUAACGAGGAGAUGUGUGCAAGGAGAGGAAGGGAGAGCAAGGACGGCUCAGGAGGUAGUGCGGUAACGCACGGCGCCGGGUCAUCACGGGGAAAGCUGGAGCUGUACUUCAACACGCGGUGCACAGGCAUUGACAUCAAUGCACACACUGUCACCCUGCAGCCCGCCCCGGGGGGGAAUGCUGCCCGCCUGCAGCCCGCUCACUCAGUAGAGCGGCGAGCCGUGGUGACAGGGACAGUGGCUGUGGCAGGUGCAUCAGCAGCAGGCGUGGCGAGCAGUGAGUGUGGAGGUCCAGCUGGUGCUGGUGUGGACGCCCAGCGCCUCCAGCAGCACCCGCCAGCCCAGCUCACCUAUGACCUCCUGGUGGGGGCGGAUGGGGUGCGCUCUGUGGUGCGGAGCGCGCUGGUGAGCAGCGCGGGGGGGUUCGCCAUGGAGGCACUGCCGCUCUUUGGGGAGUGGGUCGUGGCCUCCAUCCCUGCCCCCACCUCCCUUCCCCCCAACUCCAUGAUUCUUGUUCCAAGGGUUCCCCGCACUCCUGGCAUAUCGGUGGUGGGGCUCCCAGCACAGGGCGGCAAACUUUGUCUGUUGUGGGCAUGGUCGGCCUUGGCACGGCCUGCUGAGUGGUUGGCGCUGAGAAGCAAUGAUGAGGACAGGGAGGACCAUGCGGUGGGGAGGACGGACGCAAGGAAGGAGGGGGAAAGCGUGGGUAGCAAGCAGGGUGUGACUGGUGCAAUGGAGAAUGCAGCGGGUGAAGGGAGUGUGGCUGGAGGGAGUGUGGCUGGAGGGAGUGUGGCUGGAGGGAGUGUGGCUGGAGGGAGUGUGGCUGGAGGGAGUGUGGCUGGAGGGAGUGUGGCUGGAGGGAGUGUGGCUGAGGGGAGUGUGGCUGAAGGGAGUGUGGCUGAGGGGAGUGUGGCUGAAGGGAGUGUGGCUGAAGGGAGUGUGGGUGGAGGCGGUGGAAAUGCAGGCAGGAUCAAGUGCUGGCAGUAUCACGACUCUGCCGCCCAGAUCGCUCUAAUCGGCGACUCAGCACAUGCCACGUGUCCAUCCCUGGGCCAGGGCUGCAACGCCGCCAUCACCGAUGCUACAGUGCUUGCCCGGCUGCUUCUGGGGGAGGUGAAGUUAUCAAGGCUGACAGGGUUGGGGGGCAGAGUGGCACCAGAGAGAAGAGCCGGCGUGGGGGCAGAGGAGGGGAGGAGGGACGCAGACAGAGCAAUGUGUGCAGCAUCACCGCAGCACCUGCGCACACACCUUGCUGGGAUGCUCGCUCGCUACUCUGCUCUUCAGGUGCCGGAAGGCCAUGCCCUGGUUGACCUCUCAGACGCUGGUGCACCCAUCAGCAACCUCUACUCUUGCCUUGCUAGCGAUAGCUUACGGCUGGAGAGGUGUUUCCCUCGCCCGUCACAGCCUUCCGACGUAGUCUCGCCAGCGCAUAACCGCAAAUCAGUUGCCGCCUGCACUCAUCCGCGCGUCUGCGCUGCUUGCUCCGGCCGGACCAGCGCACGCGGGCCAUCCGCCACUUCUCCCGUCUUCCCGCGAGCCGUGCGACUUUCUUCCCCAAACCACAUCCGCGCCAUGGCGUCCGAUAAGAAAGGCAGCACCGGUUGGUUUGGGGAUAUGGUCUCGACGAUAAGUGACUUUGGCAAGCACACAACAGACAUGGCUUCUAACCUCUACACUCAUAUGGGCAAGCUGGGCAACCCCACCCUCUUGACGCAUGCAGGAGCAGAGGCGCUGUGGCGGGAGCACUUUUGGGCGCCACCGGAUGAGAAGCUGCUGUUCUACUUUUACUGCAACCUGCUCACGAGCGUGGGGCCCGUUCCCGGCACACUAGUUGUCACCACCGCGUCCAUUGGCUUCCUCUCGGACGCCGAGUUUGAGUACAACCCGCUGGGCCGCCCCACAGAGAUUGCCAAGAGCCACUUUGUGGCCACCAUUCCGCUGCAUAAGAUAACAGGAGUGGCGCCUGAAGCCAACCCAUCUGAUGACAAUGAGAAGUACAUUCGUCUCACUACAGAAGACGACUUCUCAUUCUGGUUCACUGGCUUCAUCGCAUAUGAUCAAGCCUUUGCGACUGUCCUUUCUGCGGUGGUCAGUACUUCUCAUCCUCUUGAAGCUUUGUCAUAG